CGACAGCGGCAGAGAAGGGUCCUAACUACAUACCAGCUAGGUACAUCAUAUCCACCUUGCCUGUUGCUGUCGCAUCCAUCACAGAUCUCAAUUGUCCAUGACAUUACCUAUCUGCGCGCCAACUUAUACCAACAAUUGUUUCAGCGAUUCAAAACACAACACUUUGCCUACUCCAUAAUGUCUGAUAACGUUGGUCUCAACACUCCCCGAGGCAGUGGCACCUCGGGCUACGUCCAACGCAACCUUGCCCAGAUCAAGCCUCGCGACUACGGCGCUCCUUAUCCCAAAGACCUCGAUAGCUUGCGACACAAGCAACGCCAGCCAGAUAAGGGAAUCCUGGAGCAUGACCGCAAGCGUGAGGUCGAAGUUAAGGUCUUUGACUUGAGGGACAAGCUUGAAGAAGAAGAGGUCGACGAAGAUGAGAUCGAUAGGCGAUGCGACGAGCUCCGACAAAAACUCCUUGCCGAGAUGAAUUCUGGGAGGAGAGGCGGUCAAAGAAAGACAUUCAAGCAACACCAGGUUCACGAGAUGGCCGAUGCCAAGAUCAAGGAGAGCGAACGACUACGGAAAGCAUUGAAGAUCAGCGCAGACUAUGAAGAGGGAGGUCAUUGGAAGCGACAAGAAGAGAGGCUGCGCAGUGCUUUGGAGAAGGAAGAGGAGCAAGGUGAAGGUGACGACGAUAGGAAAAGUGAGCCAAGAGACUAGGUUGAUCACCCAACUCAAAACAUAUCGGCCACUAUGUUAUCAAAACUUGCGUUUUGAGGGGGAACGCAGACUCUCGGUGUUUGGACAAUUGUCAAGCAUCUGGCGGUCUCUCACCCUUCGCCAGGCAUCGGCCAUUGUUAUUCAAGUCAUCCAUCCAUUGAAAAUGUGGACAGAACGGAUAACUGUGGCAUCGGUUUCUGGGUGGUUUUACUGUCGUAUUUCUGUUCAUUUUCAAGCGGCGCAUGGCGUUUGGGUAUUGAGACUGACUGACCCAAGUUGCAUUGUCUAGGGUAGGAUAUUUAACAUUGGACACGACGUUUUGUUCCUCUAGAAACGACUCAUAAAUGUUGCUGGGUCCUGUAUUCUGUUGUAUAGGUACCUGUUGUACUGAUUCUGGGGAUUCUUGUAUGGUCACUUUACUGUCUUAUCCUUGACUCUGUGAACGAUAAUGAAAACACGAAUAUUAGCUGGUUGAUCUUACUACUCACUCAGACACUCAACAACAUUGUCUUUCAUCUGACAGCAGUC